UGCUUUCGAACCUCCAGGCGAGAGAAAAAAAAACCAAACACGCGUCUCUUUCGAGGGGGGGGGAUUUUUUUUUCUUAAUUGUGCAAUUUUCCGAGUGCAGGGACUGGAGCACAGGCAGUGCUGGAACCGUCGUACAAUGUAGCAACAACCAUGGCGGCCGGGCGGCUGGUUACAGUGCUCCACCCAAAAGGCAGCCGAAGCCUUCCACAGACGAGGGAUACUGGGACUGUAGUGUUUGCACAUUCAGGAACAGCGCAGAGGCUUUCAAAUGCAGUAUGUGUGAUGUCAGGAAGGGCACAUCAACACGACCGUGUUACGGCAGGACAAUAAAACAGUCAGGAUGCUUGAGCCCAUCCCAAGGAAAGCCACCAGUCAGCAUCACCACCUCGAAAAGCCACCCUGGACGACCUACAAGAUCCACUCCAAGCAGCAUGAAGCCACGUCCGGUGUCUCAGUUGGUGGCACAGCAAGUAACACAACAAUUUGCAUCACCCACACAACCAAAGAAGGAAAAGAGAGACAAGGGAGAAAAGGAAAGAAAUGAGAAAGAAUCUGUUAGUAAAAAGAACAGUCACAAGAAAACAAGGCCAAGGUUAAAAAACAUAGAUCGAAGCAGUGCGCAGCAUUUGGAAGUGACUGUAGGAGAUCUGACAGUCAUUAUUACAGACUUUAAGGAGAAAACCAGGUCAUCGCCUGCUGCCACAGCGACAUCAAGUACCACUGCCGAUCAGCACAGCCUGAGCAGUUCCAGCUCUGACAAUACAGAGAAAGGCUUGUCCAGGUCAUCGUCGCCCAGGGGAGAGGGAUCAGUUAAUGGAGAAUCACACUAAAGUGUUGGUUACCCACUUCCUUAUUCACUUCUGUAAACAUUUCAACGGACAGCUUCUCACAACCUAGUUCUGAACGGUCAGUGUUACACUGGAAAGCCAGGUUGCAUCUUCAAUUUCAGUUCAGUGCUUUCUAAUAAUCGCAUACAAAUCUGGAACUCUGCACUGCGGCAUGUUUCGAGUGUAAUUUUCUACAUCUUAGAUCAGACUGCCUGAAUAUAUGUGUUGAGAACUGAAUUGUGAAGCAGCUGGCUUCAGGUAUUCAGUGCUAUUUUCAGUCCACUUUAAUCGACUGUUGCAGUAAGGAAACAAUUUAUGAAAUGGUUGCCUAGUUAAGUACACCUGCUGGUACUUGGUGUGGUUAAAUAGGAAAAGCAUUCUCAAAUAUAACAUUUGUAUAAAUUCUUGCCAAUGUUUUUUCAACACUUGUUAUUUGGAUGGAAAACUUCACUAGCCAUUAAAAUUGUGGCUUUACAAAUGUCCACUGUCAUUCAUUUCAGCCACUGUCAUUCAUUUCAGUAAGUUACAGUUUUAAUAUGUAGUUAUGGGCUAAAUUGACAAGGUUUAACUGAUAAUACAGUCCAUGCUAUUUAACUGUGGGAGAUCUGAGAUGUUGUCAAUGGGCUGUUUAGAUGAAAAGUGACUGUUUCCCACUUUUAUAGUACGCAAAUUUUAUACUAGCAUGACUUUGUACUUGAAGUAUGUUUUGUCAGUGGACUGCUCCCACCAUAGUUGGAGAUGAGAGGAAAAUACAAAUUAUAUGACAUCUAAAAUGGUGUGGGAACAGUUUCUGUUAGCAUUACAGACUUCAAUUAAGGUGUUUUGCUUCAGAAUUGUGACAAUAUAUGUGUAUAUUGUUGCAAUAAAAAUUAUGCAAAUAAGUAUUUGAUUUUUCCAUUUUAUUUUUAAUUCCGAUAAAGUUCUCCAUAUAUUGUAGCAAAUGUAGCUUACUUUUUGUUUAAAAGGUUACACAUAUGUACGUAAUUUACUGUUAUGUGGCAAAAAUGUUGCAUUGAAAUUUAAUUGAUAUUCAAAAUAUGUUUCAGUCCCUUCAUAUACAACCAUGUUUUACAAGCAAUAAAAAAAAUACCUCAAAGGCAUUAAAUUGAUGAAAGUCAACGAUUGCAACUAAGAAACCUUUAUUACAAACUUAGCAAAACAUCUUAUUAAAGAAAAUGAGUGCUUUCAAGAUAGGGGGUAGCUGGUGAUCUAACAUCUGUAUGUUUUGAUAAAAAAAAUUGCAAUUGAAUGUGCAAGUAAGUGGCAUGGACUGUAUUUUCACAUUUAGGUAUUUAAUACUAAUACCUGUAUUCAGUGAUUAUAGAUUGUUUUACAUGAGAUUUUUAUAUCCUUAAAACUUGGUGUUCAUGCUGAUAUGUGUAGUGUUUGGUAUAUAUUUGAUUUCUAUCAGAGCAACUCAGAAUUAAAAAAAUUUGAAUUAUAAAA